AUGGGUGGGGACAGAUCCGUUGGCUCUCCGCGCUCGAUCCCCAAGUCGCACUCGGCCGCGCGCGCUGGGGGGGGAUUCGGGGGGAGCACGCGGGAGCGCCUGCAGUCCCCGUUGGCGGAAGACGCGGAGGAAAUAAUGUCGCCUUCUAGGGGGCGUUCUGUGAGUAGGUGGGUGGAGGAGUCUAUUCAAGAAGGGGGAGCGGGUUUGGGGGCGGGGGGAGCAGGCGCAGGGGGAGGGGAGCGGGUUCCCGCAAACAUGCGGUUUGCGCGACGGUGCAGAUCGGUGCAAGUGUACAGCGCAGGCGAUGACCCGGAUAGUAAGAUUAAACGGUCUGCUUCUAGCGCGUCCGAGGCUAAAAUUGCGCUCGGCGGGGCCGGAGGGGGGCCAGGUGGGGCGAGCAACGGCGGCGGGCGGCCGAUUUCGCCGGAUCGCGAAAGCAUGUCGUCAACGUCGUCGUCCGUGCGACGUUACCAUCCGAAACACGGAGACGACGAUAUCUCGUACGAGGACGGGGAGAGGCGACCCCGGCGCAGUGCGUUGGGGGACGAAGACGACGUGGGCAGGCGCGCGAGGAGCAUGCGCGAGCGGGGGGACGGCGGGUUUGAACACACUCCCCGCACGCCCCCGCCACGCAUGCGCUCGAGAUACGCAAAUGAGGGCGGGCCAAUGCGGUCUCCGCUUAGGCGGAGCCCCGCGGGGGAAAGAGAUCCGCACCGCCCGCCGUCCCGCAAGAGCUCUCACGCCUCUGAUGCGGGGGACCCUGGCUCCGCGCUUUUCCCCGCCCGCCCUCGCGGAGUAGCGGAGCGGGGGGGUGGGAAAUGCCCAUCAGGAAGGCUGCGAAGCGCAGCUGGUAGGCAGAGUGCGGCGGAACACGGGGAAGCGGGGGCGCGCCCGCGGACGCCGACGGGGAUGGAGAUGGCGGGGCGAAUGGGGUUUGCGGGGGAGGGGCUAAGCCGUCCGAAAACGACGGAUGUGCACGGGCGGAGGGCGGGGGUCCCCCGUUCCGCAUCGACCACUGAAGGAACUCUGUUGGCGGGCAUGGUUGCUAAGGAGCGGGGGGAGAAGGGGGUUCCGCGCUCCGCGUCCGAAUUGGCGGAUGAGGAGGAGGAGGCGGGGGGGUAUGGGGGGCACAGGGGCACUCGGUACAGUGGCGCAUCGCGGUCGAGAACGCCGGAAAAGGCUGGGGAUGGGGGACAGGCGGCGCUGCAGCAGGUGCUGGUGAAUAUUCUGAAGCGGCCUUUUGCGGAUGCCAGGGAGUCUUAUAAGGUGGAUAAGAACGAGCUGGGCCGGGGCAGGUUCGGGGUGAUCCGAGCCUGCGUGGAUCGGGUGACGGGGGGGAGGCUCGCGUGCAAGACGAUCAGCAAAGGCAUGCUGCAGGUACGACGAGGGUGCAAUCUGUAA